AUGUUUAAUAAUAAUCUUAAUUGGGAUGGAAUACCAACAAAAAUUAAACGAGCUAUUGAAACAAGUCUUGAACAUUUGAAUGAACAUAAAUUUAUAUUAAAUGAUACAAAUAUAGAAUUUAUUAAUGAUUAUUGUUGGGAUUUAAUUACAUGCCAUUUAAAACAACUUCUUUAUAUGAAUAUGGCACAUAAUAAACUUAAAAGUAAUUAUUAUUUUAACAUUUUGUUUUUUUUUUUUGAAAAUAAAUUACCUCCAUCAAUUAUUUCACUUUCGCAUUUACGAAUUCUUAAACUUGGUCAUAAUCAUCUUUGUUCAUUACCACGUUCAUUUGGUUCACUUAAAUCUCUUGAAAUUCUUGAUUUAACUGGCAAUGAUUUAAAUGAAGAUAGUUUAACAAAUGACUUUUUUCAACUAAAUAAUCUACGUGCAUUAUAUCUUGGCGAUAAUUUAUUUGAAACAUUUCCAAAUGAUCAUAUUGAUAAACUCCAAAACUUACAAAUACUUGUAUUGCGUAAUAAUCGUCUACGUCAUAUACCAAAAGAAUUGGCUCGUUUACAUCAAUUAAAAGAACUUCAUAUUCAACAAAAUCAAAUUAAUGUUUUACCACCAGCUUUUGGAAAACUUGAUCUGAGUAAUGUUAAACAUAUUUAUCGAUUUGAACCAAAUCCAUUUAUACCUCAACUUGCUUUACAAAUGAAUAAUUUAACAAGAUUAGCUAGUUAUUUACAAAGUGAUGCUUAUAGAGAAAUUUAUCAAAAUUAUUUUAUAAAUUUUGAUGAUAAUGAACCAAAAGAAAAAAUGAAAAAGAUAACAAAGAAGAAUAAAAAUGUUUUAACAAAAAAAUAA